CAAUUAAUUCCUUCGACAACCUUAUACUGGUUGUUCAUCUCCUUUCGGCUUGGAAGCCGCCGCCCACCAACCUGUCCAAUGUCGUUGUUUCCGUCCGACUCUUCCAUUGCAGAAGCAGGGAGGAAUAUAUAGUCUGGUGGAAGUGGGCAGCUCAAGUGAGCUAUCAGUCGAAAAAAAAGCUGGUUCUGCUUCAGAGUGCUUCUCUGCCCCCUUCUUCAUCAUAAUGUACAGUACAUUUGACUUUAUUCCCCGCCACCACCACCAUCUUGUUAUUUCAAAAACACAGAAUGGAUCAAUAAUGGAUGAUUCCUUUGUUUAUUUGCCGGUCAAAUGAUUGAUUAUGAACUAUAGUCUAGUUGAGUGCUCCUUCACACCUCUCUCAAUGAUGGUGUCUAACAUCUGUCUUUUGACGUUCCAGCGGAAAUUGCAUUUGCUUUAACUGCACUUUUUUCCCGUCUUUCUUUAAUGGGUUUCUUGUUUUACGAACUUGUUGAUGUUCGCUUUGCUUCCACGCUACAGAGUUGCUCACCAAGAAGUUCCGUGGGGGGGAGAAGUGAGAGUUUAUAGGAACUUUUUCGGGGAGGAUCUUCGUGGUCGUCGAUUUGUGUAAUGGCUGGGGAGAAAGAUGAGGAGGAGCAGAUUGAGGGAGAGAUUCCGCCUUCUUCAGAUCAUACUGCUGGGGAAGCAGGAGGAGGUGAUGGUCAUGAAGCAGGGAAGGGGAAGAAACCAACAGCUUCUGCUGCUGAGAACUCGGCUGCCAAAUCGGUUCCAUUCAGGAAGCUCUUCUCGUUCGCGGAUUCUACUGAUGUAUUUCUGAUGGUGUUGGGGACGAUUGGUGCGAUUGGGAAUGGUAUGGCCAUGCCUCUCAUGACUGUGAUAAUGGGGCAAACCAUCAACUCGUUUGGACAGAACCAGGGCAGCAAAGAUGUCGUCCACGCCAUUUCCAAGGUGUCGCUGAAGUAUGUGUACUUGGGUAUUGGAGCUGGGGUGGCCGCAUUUCUUGAGGUGACUUGCUGGAUGGUAACGGGAGAAAGGCAGGCAGCAAGAAUAAGAGGCCUGUAUCUGCAGACGAUUCUGAGGCAGGACAUUGCUUUCUUCGACAGCGAAACGAGCACCGGAGAGGUCGUUGGCAGGAUGUCGGGCGACACUGUCCUGAUUCAAGACGCGAUGGGCGAAAAGGUUGGGAAGUUUCUGCAGCUGACAGCAACAUUCAUAGGCGGAUUCGCCAUAGCAUUCAUCAAAGGGUGGAUGCUCUCCUUGGUCAUGCUGUCCGCCAUUCCACUUCUGGUACUGGCCGGCGCCAUGAUGGCCACGAUCAUGUCCAAGAUGACUGCUAGUGGGCAGCAGGCGUAUGCAGAGGCCGGGACUCUAGUCGAGCAAACGAUCGGCUCCAUCCGAACAGUCGCAUCAUUUACCGGGGAGAAGCAAGCGAUACGCAAUUACGACAAGUUUCUGGCAGUUGCAUACAAAGCAGGGGUGAAAGAAGGCCUCACCUCUGGGGUAGGCAUCGGGGUAAUGAUGGUGAUUGUGUUCUGCAGCUACGCCUUGGCCAUAUGGUACGGCGGGAGGCUGAUACUGGAGAAGGGAUACUCCGGCGGACAAGUUUUGAACGUCAUCGUCGCAGUUUUAACCGCAUCCAUGUCAUUGGGACAGGCAGCUCCCCCGAUGGGUGCGUUCGCGGCGGGGAAAUCUGCAGCGUAUAAGAUGUUCGAGACCAUCGACAGGCGUCCGGUGAUCGAUGCCUCGGAUCCCAACGGAAGGACGAUAGACGAAAUCCGGGGCGACAUUGAGCUGAAGGACGUGCAUUUCUGCUACCCGGCUAGACCAGAGGAGCAAAUCUUCAGCGGGUUUUCGCUCUUCAUCUCCAGUGGGAAGACUGCUGCAUUGGUUGGGCAUAGUGGGAGCGGGAAGUCGACCGUGAUCAGCCUGAUCGAGAGGUUCUACGAUCCGCAAUCGGGAGAAGUAAUGAUCGACGGAAUCAACCUGAAGGACUUCCAGCUGAAGUGGAUUAGACAGCAGAUUGGGCUGGUGAGCCAGGAGCCUGUUUUGUUUUCGUCGAGCAUUAGGGAGAAUAUAGCAUAUGGGAAGGAUGGUGCCACUGAUGAAGAAAUCAGGGCCGCAACCGAACUUGCAAAUGCUGCCAGAUUCAUUGACAAGCUGCCUCAGGGAGUUGACACGAUGGUUGGCGAGCAUGGGACGCAGCUUUCUGGCGGGCAGAAACAGAGGAUCGCCAUAGCCAGGGCAAUCCUGAAGAACCCUCGGAUUUUGCUGUUGGAUGAAGCCACGAGCGCCCUGGAUGCGGAAUCAGAGAGGGUUGUGCAAGAAGCACUAGAGAGGAUCAUGGUGGAAAGAACAACUGUGAUCGUCGCUCAUCGAUUGACCACCGUGAGAGAUGCUGAUGUGAUUGCUGUCAUUCACCAUGGAAAGAUCGUCGAAAAAGGUUCUCAUGCAAAACUACUGGAGGAGCCAGAGGGAGCAUACUCGCAACUAAUUCGCUUGCAAGAAAUGAACAAAGAAACAGAGCAGCCAGAAUCAGAACAUCAAGAUCCGGAUAGGAUCGAACUCGCUUCGGAAUCAUUCCGACAAUCAAGUCUGAAAAGGUCAUCAAUAAUGAGAUCGACAAGCAAAGGGUCGUCGAGAAACAGCAGCCGCAGGUCGUUCUCAGUCUCGUUUGGUGUCCCCGCGGGUCUCGAUGUUGUCCCCCUAGACCAUCAAAACAUGGAGGAAUUGGAAGACUUCCCAAGAAAGGCAAACACCCCAGACGUCCCAAUCUCCCGCUUGGCUUACCUGAACAAGCCCGAACUCCCGGUUCUCGUGGCUGGUACCAUCGCAGCAUGUGUCAAUGGCGCCAUCAUGCCCCUCUACGGGGUCCUGAUAUCCAAAGCAAUCAUGUCCUUCUUCGAAACUCCUAGCCAACUAAAGAAGGAUACCAAGUUUUGGUCACUCAUGUUCAUGACUCUUGGGUUGGCAACAUUAAUCGUGCAUCCAUUGAGGUCGUAUCUUUUCUCGAUCGCUGGGUCGAAGUUGAUCCAGAGGAUAAGGUCUACGUGCUUCGAGAAGGUGGUUCGCAAUGAGAUCGGUUGGUUCGACGAGCCGGAACAUUCGAGUGGGGCUAUUGGCGCUCGACUCUCGGCGGAUGCUGCCAUCGUUCGAUCUUUAGUUGGGGAUGCUCUGGCAGAGAAUGUCCAGAAUGUGGCCACCGGGGUAGCUGCUUUGAUCAUUGCAUUCACCGCGAGCUGGCAACUCGCCUUCAUCAUCCUCGCGUUGAUCCCUCUCACGCUCAUCAAUGGCUUUGCCCAAGCGAAGUUCAUGAAGGGAUUCAGUGCCGAUGCUAAGGCAAUGUAUGAGGAAGCUAGCCAAGUGGCGAAUGAUGCGGUUGGGAGCAUAAGAACCGUUGCUUCCUUCUGCGCUGAAGAGAAGGUGAUGGGACUGUACAGGAAGAAAUGUGAAGGACCAGUGAAGAGUGGGGUAAAGCAGGGGAUCAUAAGUGGAGUUGGCCUAGGAAUGUCAUCGUUAUUUCUCUACUCUUUCUAUGCAAUCAGUUUCUAUGCCGGAGCUAAACUAGUUGCCAGUGGUGAUGCAACGUUCCCAGAUGUUUUCCAGGUGUUCUUUGCUCUGACGAUGGCAUCAAUAGGAGUCUCUCAUUCAGGCACUGGUGCUGAUACCUCCAAGGCCAAAGCAGCAGCUGCUUCAGUGUUCUCAAUCAUUGAUAGGAAGUCUCAAAUUGACCCGAGUGACGAGUCAGGAACAGUACUAGAGAAUGUGAAAGGAGAGAUUGAACUUGUUCAUGUCGGCUUCAAGUACCCAUCUAGGCCAGAUGUCCAGAUCUUCAGAGACAUCAAUUUAGCCAUCCAGUCUGGAAAGACUGUUGCACUGGUGGGAGAAAGUGGAAGCGGGAAAUCGACGGUGAUUGCGUUGUUGCAGAGGUUUUACAAUCCAGAUUCGGGCGAGAUCACGUUGGAUGGCAUCGAAAUCAGGAAGCUUAACUUGAAAUGGCUAAGAAAGCAAAUGGGGCUAGUUGGCCAAGAACCUUCACUAUUCAAUGACACGAUUCGAGCAAACGUUGCAUACGGCAAGGAAGGAAAUGCGAGCGAGGCAGAGGUUAUAGCCGCAUCAGAGCUCGCCAAUGCCCACAGUUUUAUUAGUGGAUUGCACCAAGGCUAUGAUACGAUUGUCGGGGAGCGUGGAAUCCAACUAUCGGGUGGGCAAAAGCAGAGGGUUGCCAUAGCUCGAGCUAUUGUUAAAGAACCAAAGAUUUUGUUACUAGAUGAAGCGACCAGUGCACUAGAUGCGGAGUCUGAGAGAGUAGUACAAGAUGCACUCGACCGCGUCAUGGUGAACCGAACCACCAUCGUGGUGGCUCAUCGUCUGUCAACGAUUAAGAAUGCAGAUUUGAUCGCGGUGGUAAAAAAUGGAGUGAUUGUGGAAAAGGGUACUCAUGAAAAGUUGAUAAGCAUCAGAGAUGGUGCUUAUGCUUCUUUGGUUUCUCUUCAUACGACUGCCAAAACUGCUUAGUUCACAACUUUGAGAAGUUUCGUAUUUAACUAUAUAUAAUAGCAGGUCAUAGUCGGAAUAUUGUAGCAUUUUUUGUCCUCUAUCGAAUUUGCUUCUCUUUUUUUCUGGUCUGAAUCCAACUUCUCGCGUUUGAAGCUAACUACUUCCUUCACUUCCUCGUUUUGGUCCUCCGCUUGUCAACACAAUUAG